AUGGCCGUGCUGAAGAUCAAGGCUGCUGAUGGCCAAUUCUUCCGCUUUCGUGUUGCGCGGUGCACCAUGGAGGAAGUCAUGGAGAAGCUGGACACCCUUGGCAGGAGCGGGAAGAUUUCGGUGGUCUUGCCAGAUGGCUCCCAAAGGCCUCUUUCCGACGCCGCCCUCCAAGCUGCAGUAAACUCUGCAGGAGCAGAGGCCGUUGUCAGGCUGGUCUGUGAUGAAGAGACUGCCAACGGAAGUCCAGUAGCGUCCGAGUCUGUAGAGAGCAUGGAGUUUGGCUCGGCUACAGCGAGUACAGCAGAGCAACUUGACGUGCUUCAGCCUGCCCUUCCUGCGGCUCACGAACCGCAGCUUCUGAAUGCCCAUGGCGGGCAUGAAGCACGGCAGUUCCAGAACCAGAUAGCAGAGCAUUUGCAUCAGCACCAGCAGGCAAUGCUCGAGCAUGCUUCCCAGCAGCGUCAAGCUGUCCAGCAGCACAUGUACCACCAGCAACAGGCUGUCCGGGAGCAGAUUGCUCAGCGGCAGCAAGCUAUCCAGCAUCACGUAUACCAGCAGCAGCAGGCCAUUCGGGAGCAUGUCUUUCAGCAUCAACAAGCUGUCCAGCAACACGUACAGCAGACGGCAGCGGGUUUACGACAGCUUCACCCUUUAUUGCAGAACCUGCCACAACAGCUGCACGAAAUGCACCAACAUGCACAGAACCACUGGCAGCAGCUCCAUCGAAACAUCUUCGCACCGCCUCAGCGACCGGGCAAUGAUCACCUGGACGCGCCAAUUCAAGCGACGGCCCCGCCCCCUCAUUGGGCGGAUGCAAUGGAUAGUCCUGCAGAGGGGCCUGGCAUGCACACGGACUCCCUGCAUCUUGAUGGGCAACGUCGGCAUUUGACCCGCUGGAUGCUCACGGGCUCCAUCCACCUGAACAACAGCGACCUCAUCCUUGAGGACAGUAUGGUGACAGGAAGCUUGCAUCUUCGAGGGCAUUCACGUGUGCUUCUAAGACGUGGAAUGCUUACUGGGAGUGUGAUGCGCAGCGCAGAGUCAUCCUUUGAGAACCACCAUGGCAUGCUGACUGGGCAGGACAAGUCAGCAAGCUUGUUUGUGUGUUGCAUCUGCAAGUUAAGUCAGCUCCUGGCUCACAAGCUGAUCAGUGGUAUCUGGAAGCCUCUACCGAAAGAUAUCUUCAAGUCCAGAUGGAAGCGCUUCUACAAGCGGAGCUGGAGGACGCGAACCGGCGGGAAUUCCAUCGACAGAAGGCCACCGCACAUCCAGGCUCACUACGUGGAGGACGUGCCGUCCCCGUGGAAAUUCCAUGUGUAUCCCAAGGAAACUGGCGAGACACAGACCCCGAUCCAUAAUGCGGCCUUCACGAAGUACCGAUUAGCCAUACAAAGAUACUUGGCGCCCGCCCGAGACUGCGCCGAAGGAACUGCAAGCGAUGUGAUCCUUCGCUGCCUGGAUGCAGGUCGCAGGGGCUCUGCCUCCUUGUCCGGCUUAGGGAAACUGGAGGCUGCUUGGGGCCCGGAAUUCACGGAGACCUCCGUGGCGGCUCCGCCCCACAUAUACGCCGAAGUGCUUAAACACUGCGUUCCACAAAGACCCGAGCAAGUGCUCGCACGGCAGACCCAGUUCUUCAAGGUCAGAAGGUUGAUGCACUUAGUGGAAGAGCAGGACAUCGUCUGGGACAAGGGCCAGCGUGUUGCGACCAGAGUUGCUACCAGAAGUGGUAUGACGAAAGAAGACAAGCGCGGCAAUUUUCCUUAUAUCGAUGAGAAGGCUGGUCUGUUGGACGAGCUGGAGUUGGCAUCAAUCCUCAGGGUCAACCACAAAACCAACAGCCGCCGGCAUCCCAAAUGGAAGGAGAUCCAGUUCUGGUUUAAGAAGUGGCAUCGCGUGUACCUGCGGAAGAGGGCUGUGAAGAUCGCCGAAGCCAAAGCUCGCAUGGGUGUGCUCAAGCAGGUCAUUGGCUAG